AUGAUUAACGAAAUAAGCUCUGAUGUUUCAUAUUUGAUCAAUCAAAUAAAUGAAAUCAUAAACAAUAAAAAUAUAUUGGAAAUAAUAUAUGAAGAUGAAAAAAUUAAUGGAAAUAAUUGUUUAACAAAAGAACAAACACAACAAAAACCAACUAUAAAAAUGAGUCAACAUUAUCAAAAUAAUAAAUAUUUAACAUUAAUUAUGAUUGAUCCCGACGCUCCUUCUUCUGAUCAACCAAUAACUGGUCCAUUCAUACAUUGGAUGUUAGCUAAUUUUCAAGAAAACAACGAAAUCGAUGGGCUAUCAAUUUGUCCAUACAUGGGACCUGGGCCUCGACCUGGAACUGGAAGGCAUAGAUAUAUAUUUUUACUUUAUGAAUCGACUGAACAAAUCAAAGAAGAAAAAACAUUCAAUGAUAUACCUCAACGUCGAAAAUUUCCAUUGAUGAAAUUCGUUUCUGAUAAUAAUCUUCAAUUACUUGAUGUGACACUUUUCACUGUAGAUGCUUGCUAG